AUGGGACUCUCCUGUGACCACUUUUGGUCUGAGAGGUAUCAGGGCCAAGUGCAGGUAUAUACUCGUUAUGGAAAGUGUUACACGUUUAACGCUGACCCCCAGAGUCCACGGCCCAGCAGGGCAGGGGGCAUGGGCAGUGGCUUGGAGAUCAUGCUGGACAUUCAACAGGAAGAGUACCUGCCCAUCUGGAGAGAGACUAAUGAGACAUCAUUUGAGGCUGGAAUCCGGGUGCAGAUACACAGCCAAGAGGAGCCACCAUAUAUCCACCAGCUAGGGUUUGGGGUAUCUCCAGGCUUCCAGACGUUUGUGUCCUGCCAGGAGCAGCGGCUGACAUACCUACCCCAGCCCUGGGGUAACUGCAGGGCUGAGAGUGAGGGGGGAGAGCCUGAACUCCAGGGCUAUGCGUCCUACAGCGUCUCAGCCUGCAGGCUGCGUUGUGAGAAGGAGGCUGUGCUGGCCCGCUGUCACUGCCGCAUGGUUCACAUGCCAGGCAAUGAGACCAUCUGCUCCCCCAACAUCUACAUUGAGUGUGCAGACCACACUUUGGACUCUCUGGGUGGGGGAUCAGGAGGCCGCUGUGCUUGCCCCAUGCCUUGCAAUCUGACACGCUAUGGGAAAGAGAUCUCCAUGGUUCGGAUCCCCAACCGAAGCUCAGCCCGUUAUCUGGCCAGGAAGUACAACCGAAACGAGACCUACAUACGAGAGAACUUCCUGGUCUUGGAUGUUUUCUUUGAAGCCCUGACCUCUGAGUCUGUGGAGCAGAGAGCAGCUUAUGGCCUGUCUGCCCUCUUGGGUGAUAUUGGAGGUCAGAUGGGACUCUUCAUUGGGGCAAGUGUCCUCACUCUUCUAGAGAUCCUUGACUACAUUUAUGAGGUGUCCUGGGACCGACUGAAGAGGACAUGGCGUCGCCCCAAGCCACCCCUUAGGACCUCAACAGGAGGCAUUUCUACCUUAGGGCUGCAGGAGCUAAAGGAACAGAGCCCAUGCCCAGGGAGAAGCUGUGCCGAGGGUGGAGGGGCCAGCAAUCUGCUCCCCAACCACCAUCAUCCUCAUGGCCCUCCUGGAGGCCUUUUUGAGGACUUCGCCUGCUAG